AUGGAGUUUCUCAAAGCUUUCUCCUUCCUCUUUCUCCUCUUCUCCAUUUCCUCUGUUUUCAGUGACUCAACCUCAGAAAGAAACUCUCUUUUAUCCUUCAAAGCUUCCCUCAACAACCCAACAACUCUCUCCUCAUGGAACCUUUCCUCCCACUGCAACUGGGUCGGCGUCACGUGCCGUCUCGGAACAGUAAAGUCUCUAUCUUUACCAUCAAUGUCUCUAAAAGGAAAGUUACCUCCUUCCCUCUUCUCCCUUCCCUUUCUCACCCACUUAGACCUCUCCCAAAACUCCCUCUCCGGCCUCAUCCCUCCUCAGCUUAACCUCCUCAAACACCUCCAAACCCUAGACCUCUCCGGAAACUCACUCACAGGUCCCCUCCCGAGUCAACUCGGAGUGUUACCUCGCCUCCUCUACCUUGACUUAAGCGACAAUCACCUCUCAGGCCAUCUCCCUCCUUCCUUCUUCCUCAGCUUCUUGGGGCUAUCCUCUCUAGACGUCUCUAACAACUCUCUCUCCGGUGAAAUCCCUCCGGAGAUAGGGAAGUUGAGAAACCUCUCUGAUCUUUACAUGGGGGAGAACAAACUCUCCGGUCGAAUCCCGCCGGAGAUUGGUGACGUCACGCUUCUCAAGAACUUUAUAGCACCGUCUUGCUUGUUUAGAGGACCGUUACCAGAUGAGAUAGCUAAACUCAAACACUUGGUGAAGCUUGACCUUUCUUACAACCCACUCAAGUGUUCGAUCCCUAAGUCUAUCGGAGAGUUGCGGAGUUUGAGUAUGUUGAAUCUUGUCUCUGCUGAGAUUAACGGUUUGAUUCCUAAGGAGAUUGGUAAGUGUAAGAGUCUCAAGACGUUGAUGCUUUCUUUUAAUGAACUCUCUGGUUCUUUACCUUUGGAGAUGUCAGAGAUUCCUUUGCUGUCUUUUUCUGCUGAGAAGAAUCAUCUUUCUGGUUUGUUACCUUCUUGGAUUGGUAGAUGGAAGGAGCUUGAGUCGCUUCUGCUCGCUAGCAACAGGUUUACAGGAGAGAUACCUAGUGAGAUUCAGGAUUGUCCUAUGUUGAAGCAGCUUAGUCUCUCUAGUAACUUGUUAACUGGUAACAUUCCUAAGGAGCUUUGUGGUUCUGGUGCGUUGGAGGAUAUUGAUCUGUCUGUGAAUUUCUUUUCUGGAAGUAUUGAGGAGGUGUUUGUUGGAUGUAGUAAUCUUCAACAGUUGUCUCUUAUGAAUAAUCAGAUUAACGGUUCUUUACCUGAGUAUCUUUCUAAGCUUCCUUUGAUGGCGCUUGACUUGGAUUCAAACAACUUCACUGGAGAGAUCCCUGUGAGUCUCUGGAACUCAACGAACUUGAUGGAGUUUUCAGCUUCUUACAACCGUUUAGGAGGUUAUUUGCCUGCAGAGAUUGGUAAUGCAGUUUCGUUGAAGAGGCUUGUGCUCAGUGAUAAUCAGCUUAGAGGUGAGAUACCAAGAGAGGUUGGGAAGCUGACUUCUUUGUCUUUCUUGAAUUUGAAUUCAAACAAGCUUCAAGGGAAGAUACCAAGAGAUCUCGGUGACUGUACUUCUUUGACUACAUUGGACCUUGGCAAAAACAAUCUCCAAGGAGAGAUUCCUGACAAGAUCACUUCUCUUGCUCAGCUUCAAUGCCUUGUUCUCUCUCACAACAAUCUCUCCGGUUCGAUUCCUUCAAAGCCUUCUGCUUACUUCCACCAGAUAGACAUGCCUGAUAUGAGCUUUCUUCAGCACCAUGGGAUAUUUGACCUCUCACACAACAGUCUCACCGGUCCUAUACCUGAAGAGCUAGGCGACUGUGUGGUAGUGGUUGAGAUUUUACUAAACAACAAUCAUCUCUCUGGACAGAUCCCAGCUUCACUCUCUCGUUUAACCAACCUGACAAAUCUGGAUCUCUCUGUAAACCACCUCACCGGCUCCAUUCCUGAAGAGAUAGGCCACUCUCCUAAGCUGCAGGGACUAAACUUGGCGAAUAAUCAACUCAACGGACAUAUACCGAAGAGCUUUGGCCUUUUGGGAAGCUUGGUGAAGCUAAACUUGACCAAGAAUAAGCUGGAUGGUUCUGUUCCUGCUUCUCUUGGGAACUUGAAAGAGCUGACACACAUGGACUUGAGUUUUAACAAGCUAAGCGGCGAGCUUCCUUCAGAGCUCUCUAGAAUGCUCAACCUAGUAGGCAUCUAUAUUCAGGAGAAUGGGUUCUCAGGCUCUGUAGAGAAUCUGUUCUGCAGCUCAUUGUCGUGGAAAGUUGAAACAGUGAACUUCAGUGUUAACUUAUUCACGGGAAGCUUGCCGAGAUCACUGGGGAACUUGUCAUACUUGACUAACUUGGAUUUGCAUCACAAUCACUUCACCGGAGGAAUCCCUUCAGAGCUUGGGAGUCUCAUGCAGCUGGAGUACCUUGACAUGUCUGAGAACAACAUCUCUGGAGAUAUACCAAGACAAAUCUGUGGAUUGGAUAAUCUACAUUUCCUGAAUUUGGCUAAGAACAGUUUACAAGGAGAAGUACCAAGCGAUGGUGUUUGUCAGGAUCAUUCCAAGGCAUUGUUUACUGAGAACAAAGCGUUGUGUGGGAGAGUAACUGGCUCAGAUUGCAAGAUUGGUGAAAAGACUUUUCUAAGUGCUUGGGGACUUUCAGGAAUAGUGAUUGGGAGUAUGAUCAUAGUCUUUGCCUCAGUUUUCUCUCUGCGCAGAUAUGUUAUGAGAAAGAGAGUGAAGCAAAGAGAUGAUCCAGAGGAAAGCAGUUUAAAAGGGUUCGUUGAUCAGAAUCUCUACUUCUUAAGUGGAAGCAGAUCAAGAGAGCCAUUAAGCAUCAAUGUAGCUAUGUUCGAGCAGCCACUUCUCAAGGUGAGUUUAUCAGACAUUGUGGAAGGAACCGACCGUUUCUGUAAGAAGAACAUCAUAGGAGACGGUGGGUUUGGGACGGUUUACAAAGCCAGUUUACCUAAUGGGAAAACAGUAGCGGUCAAGAAGCUAAGCGAUGCCAAAACUCAAGGAAACAGAGAAUUCAUGGCUGAGAUGGAGACUCUAGGGAAAGUAAAGCAUCCUAAUCUAGUCUCUUUGAUUGGUUACUGCUCUUUCAGUGAAGAGAAGCUUCUUGUGUAUGAGUACAUGGUCAACGGAAGCUUAGACCAUUGGUUAAGGAACCAAACAGGGAUCCUAGAGGUGCUAGACUGGUCCAAACGGUUGAAGAUAGCAGUUGGAGCUGCAAGAGGAUUAGCUUUCUUACAUCACGAGAGUGAAGGAGGGAACUUGGUUGGUUGGGUUGUUCAGAAGAUUAACAAAGGGAAAGCUGUGGAUGUUUUGGACCCUCUGGUUCUAACAGUGACUUUUAAACAGUCUAUGCUUCGUGUGCUUCAGGUUGCUGUUCACUGUAUCGCUGCAACGCCUGCUAAUAGACCGACUAUGUUAGAUGUAUUGAAGUCUCUCAAGGAGAUUUAG